AAAGAACGCUUCUGCGGGCGUAAGGGGGCGGAGCUAGGGCGGCCGUGGGCGGUACAAAUAGCAGAGGCCCCAGUCGUCGCUCAGCAGUGACGUAGGACGCAGCUAUCGGCUAGUACGUGUUCGCUCUUGCUCCUUCCUCUUUCUCGACUCCAUCUUCGCGGUAGCGGCUGGGGCCGCAGUUCGGUUGCCGACAUGCAGCUUUUUGUCCGCGCCCAGAAGCUCCACACCCUCGAGGUCACCGGCCAGGAGACUGUCGCCCAGAUCAAGGCUCAUGUAGCCUCGCUGGAGGGCAUCGCUCCAGAAGAUCAAGUGGUGCUCCUGGCAGGCACGCCCCUGGAGGAUGAGGCUACCCUGGGCCAGUGUGGGGUGGAGUCUCUGACCACUCUGGAAGUAGCCGGCCGCAUGCUGGGAGGUAAAGUCCAUGGCUCCCUGGCCCGGGCUGGAAAAGUAAGAGGUCAGACCCCCAAGGUGGCCAAACAGGAGAAGAAGAAGAAGAAGACUGGUCGGGCCAAGCGGCGGAUGCAGUACAACCGGCGUUUUGUCAAUGUCGUGCCCACCUUUGGCAAGAAGAAGGGCCCCAAUGCCAACUCUUAAGUCCUUUGUCAUCCUGGCUUUCCCCAAUAAAGCCACUUAGUCCAGUC